AACCAAAAGGGCGGCGAGCUGGCAAAGUCGUUACCACGCCGCGUAAAAUGCUUAGCAGCCGAUAAAAUAUUCUUAAUUUUAUUAAUUCUUAAAACAUUGUUUUUAUUUAAAGACAGUCGAAAGUUUGUUAAGGGAGAUAUCUGUGGAUCAGUACUUAUACAAAAGUUUAGUUUCGUUGAAGUUAUUUGCUUAAGUACUACUUCAACAUUUCCCACACAUGUUGACAACAGAACUUAAUCAGUCAACAGCAACAUGAAGGAUGUUAGUACUUCCGACAGCUAGCCUCAAAUUUUAGCUAUUCAAUAUGUUUUCUCGUAGUUACUUUUAUAAAACUGUUAAUGCCAAAUUCUAACCUCAAUCGAUCCGUAUUCAACAGCCAAAUCAAACCUGUUCAUUUCUAAGAGAGUUUUGCACUCGCUGAAUUUAGCAAAAGGAAAUAUUUCGUUUCAGACAUUAAUCUUAACAUGAAGUUACUGGAUGUCAUAAGUUUUGGAUUUUUCCUAAUAAUUAACUCUAGGAUAUUUGCGUUUAAUAUCGACACGAAUUUUCCUAUAAUAUUUAAAGGAGAAACUGAUUCUAUGUUUGGAUUUUCGCUAGCCAUUGCAGAACAAGACUCCAACAUUUGGCUUUAUGUAGGUGCCCCAAGGGGAAAUAAAUUAGUAAAGAUAAACAAUAACUUUUCAUAUCAGAAUCGUGCUGGCAGUAUCCUUCUUUGCAACGCUUCAUAUGCUUGGGUUGAUGAGAAACAAUGUAGUGAGAUGCUAUUUCCUAAAGAAGCGGGUGUAUCCAUCCAUGACAUGACAGGGUUCUCAAUGACCGUUGUACCCAAGCCAAACACUGAUAAGCCAAAUAAGAUUUUGUUUUGUGCCCCUUUGUGGUCGAAGAAAUUUUACCACCUUGGAAAAUGUUAUGAAGCUAAAAUUGGUGAGAUAACGAACAUUGCUCCAACCAUAAUUCCCCAAAACAUCUCGGUGGAUGGUCGAUUUGUUUACUUAUCAGCAGGAUUUUCUGUACAUUCCUUUAAGAAUGGUGAUGUGUCCUAUGGCGUACCAGGAACAAAUAAUUGCAGUGGUUUAAUUUUCAUGGACAAAUUAUCAACGGGGACUCAAAAAAAUGUUACAAUAAAUUCAAAAGUUACUCCAAGUUAUUUGGGCUUUUCCAUUUAUUCUGGAAAAUUCACAAAAGGAAAAACUGAAUUUCUUAUAGGCGGUGCUCCUAAAUUCAACGACACAGGGCGAGUUGACAUUUUUAAUAAACAGUAUAGUUCCACCUGGAAUGAAAUCGGUUCUCAGAUGGGUUCUUACUUUGGUGCUGCUCUUUGUGCCGUGGAUGUUAACCAUGAUGGCUGUGACGAUCUUUUAAUCGGGUCUCCGAUGUACAAAGCAAAAAUCGCAAUGGAAGGAAAAGUCAAUGUUUACAUCAGCCAGUGUACUGCACGGAUAUCAUUUUGGGAUCCUAAACCGCUGUUUGGAUCAAAGGGACGAAAUGCACAAUUUGGAAAUGCUAUUGCUGAUGUUGGUGAUUUGAAUAAUGACUUAUAUAAGGACGUUGUGAUUGGAGCGCCAUUUGAAGACGAUAAUAUUGGUUGUAUUUAUAUUUAUAAUGGAGGAAAAGAAGGACUUGCCAAUGAUACAGUGCAAAGAAUUUGCGGAGGAACUUUUAAAACUCUCUUAGGCUUUGGUUGGAGUAUUUCAAAGUCGGUUGAUGUAGACAAAAAUGGUUAUAACGAUUUUGCUGUCAGUGCAUUGAUUUCCAACAAAGUUGCCAUUUUGAGAGGUCGUCCUAUCAUAGAAGUUUCGGUUAAUAUGGAUCUAAACAAUGCAAACUUGUCCGAAUCAAAUAUAAUUAAUAUUACUCUUAUUUUCUUAUAUAAUACUAAACAUUCAUCUUCAAACGAUUUGGUCCUGGGCUAUAAACUGGAAGUUGAUACAGCCACAGUUCGUUCGAAUAAACGUUUACGCCUGAGUGACAGUGUUGGCUCAGAUACAGAAAUAGAAGAAAAAAUCACAUUAAAAAGAAAUGAAAGUGUUUCCAAAACAUUCACUGCAGUUUUGAAAUCAAACAUUGCUGACUUCUUAACGCCUCUCAAGUUCAAUUUAUCCUACUGCAUCCAUUCGCAUAAGAAUUUGCGGACAAACUUCGACCAAUUUUCAAUCGAAAAAAAGAUGUCUUGAAAGUACUUAGGUUCGAGAAGCAAUGUUUAUCUGAUGAUGAAUGCAAAGCUGAUCUCGUGUUAUUCAUGCGGAACAUGGGCAGAGUAUUUGUAAACGAAAC